UUCGUUGUUUUUACAAUGUCUAUAAAGAAUUACCCUUUCUAAAGUUUAAGAUAAAAUAGUGCUAUAGCUGUGUUUAUAUUGUUAUAAAGGAUAACUAUCAAUGAGAUUCAGCAAUGGACAUGGAUGAGGUAAGACGGUAUGCACCUAGUCCUUAAUACCGCAAUGUCGGCAACGCGUUUCGAGUGAGCGAUUCCGUUCUUAGCCAAGUUGGUUGGUGCAACGCGUGCAACGAGCUCAGAGCCCCGCUGCAACUACUGUUUCCAUGUCGUGUGUUGGCAAUAGAAAGUUGAUAGAAAACAUGCCUGUACGACCCCUGCCCCCUGACUUGGCAAAAAAGGCCAAGUCAGAGCUGACUGAGGACCCGAAGCGAUUGCAGGACGGCAUCGACCACUUGAAGGACUGGAUUGAUAAGCAGCCGUAUCUGCGGGCUAGAACAGACGACCAGUGGCUCAUUGCCUUUCUUAGAGGCUGUAAACAUAGUAUAGAAAGGGCGAAGGAAAAAAUUGAUCUGUAUUAUUCAUUAAGAAGUACUGCUCCCGAAUUUUACUUGCCCAAGCACACGGACCAAAAGUUCAUAGAGCUUAUAAAAGCAGGGGUUGUUCUAAUACUGCCAAAAACCGUUGGACCCGCUGGACAAAGAGUGACGUUGGUCAGAGCCAGCCAAUAUGAUCCGGAGAGGUUCUCUCUCAAUGAGUUUCUAUCAGUGUCACUGGUUAUAAAGCAAAUUCUUUACUUGGAAGACGACGCCUUUGUGGUGGCGGGAGCUAUCAACGUGGUGGACUUGGAGGGAGCUACGCUGGCCCACUUCGUGCAAAUGACGCCUACGCAGAUGAAGAAGAUGGUGGUGUUAGAACAAGACGCAUCUCCUCUUCGUGUGAAAAGUGCUCAUUAUUUGUGUACUCCGCCGGGGUUUGAGACAGUUUUUAAUAUGGGCAAGAAGAUUUUAAGCGAAAAACACAAAAAUAGAAUCUACAUUCACAAAAAUAAGGAAGAAUUGUUUGAUUAUGUUCCCAAAGAAAUAAUGCCAGUGGAAUAUGGUGGCAAUGGAGGAACCGUCGAUGAAAUUAUAGAUUACUGGAUUAAGAAGAUUCAAGAAUAUAGAAGUUGGCUAGACGAAGAUCUGCAGUAUGGGACAGAUGAGCACUUGCGGCCAGGGUCGCCCAAAACCGCUGAAAAUAUGUUCGGGGUCGAAGGUUCCUUCAGACAGCUUGAGUUCGAUUGAAUUUUAUCAAUUAAAUAUGUGCUCUGAUGUCGUAUUGAUUAAUUUAAUUUUGAUGAUUAUAUUAUGUCACCUAUAUUAAGGCAGCACUUAGAUAACAUAAAAAAAAACUUUGUAAAGAUUGUUUUAGUGUGUCUUGUUGGUUGUCCUAUUAAAUAAAUAUAUGUAUAAAAAUAGAUUAAAUACGAGUAAAACUCUA